AUGAAACUCAACCCUGAAAAAUGUUCAUUUGGGUUUGAGGAAGGGAAGUUCUUGGGUCAUAUUGUUGGGAAACAAAGCAUCAAGGCUAAUCCAAACAAGGUGAGAGCUGUUCUUGAAACCAGACCACCAAAAACCAAGAAGGAGGGUUGCACUGAUAAGAAAGACUUCAGAUGGACUGAAGAGGCUGAAGAAGCCUUUAACCAAAUGAAGCAACACCUAGCUUCCCUACCUGACCUGGAAGCCCUAGAAACAGGUGAAUUGAUCUCAGUAUACCUCUCAGUUGCUGAAGAAGCAAUAAGCGUGGUCCUCACCAUUGAACGAGAUAAAAUCCAGACAACCAACAACGAAGCUGAAUACGAAGCACUGAUAGCUGGUUUAAGACUGGCUAAAGAAAUGAAGGUCCAGAAGCUUGAAGUGUUUACAGAUUCGUUGCUGGUAUGA